GACGAGCAAAUGAGUAAUGAAAGUGACAGCCCGCGGCGUGACAUUGAUGAAGUGAGCAUUGCCUCUGACUUUAGCAUCAUACCUGAGGGCUGUGUUGGUCCAGAAGAAGUAUCCCCAAGUGAACAGAGAAGCAUGGCGAGUGGAGUUGAAUUUCUCAAGUCCGAAGAUAUGAAGCCUUCAUCCAUUGCAGAGUCCUCCUUUGGGAAGGUACUAUUUCAAAACAUCCAGGCUACUUAUACAGCUGACUCUGACAUUGCUGUCUCAUAUGUGCUAACACCAAGUGUGACUGCGAAAUCCUCCGAUCGUGUAGCACUUUACCGAGUAGGCUUUGGGUCACCACAGGAUUACCUCUGUUAUGAAUGGGCACCUACACCAAGCAAAGAUCACACAACAAAUCAGCUGCCUAUAACUGUAGUAUUUAAAGCGAAGUCUUUACCAAAGGAUGCUGGUGAAUUUUUCCAAUUCUGCUAUGUGACACACGAGAGUCAGAUUGUGGGUGUGUCAACCCCUUUCCAGCUUCACCCCGUGGGGUCCCUGGGGGUGAACAACGUGUGUGGUGUAGAUGAUGGGGAGGAUGGCAUGGUGGUGGUGUGCUCCAAUGAGAGUCUCCUGCAUGACAAAAUCAAUAUGUUGUCAAAGGAAAAGGACAAGUUACUCGGAGAAUUUUCAAAUACACGUGAACUCCUAGAGCAGAAGGAAAAGUUGUUGGAAGACAAAACUCAACAGCUCACCAUGUGUCAGCACCAUCUGCAGGCCUUGGAGACAAAGAUGAAGAAAGAAUCAAGUGAAAAGUGUGAGCUCAUGGGACGUGUGGGUCAGGUGGUGGAGGAGAAGGGGCACCUUGAGGACAAAGUGAAGACACUGGAGCGAUCCUUGACCACCUCCACAACCAAGGCAGAGGAGCUAGAGCAAAAACUGCAGACUAUUACCACAGAGAGAAACAAGAUCCAGGAUGAGCUGUUGCAGAUUCGCAAACAAAAGGAACAGCUAGAUCUUGCUCUUCAGGAAGUUAAGCAAGAGCUGACAAGUUACACUAAG